AUGUCAUCCUCGUCGACGACAUGGCCUCAACGAUCGCGCUCCAAGGCGAGUGGAGUCCCCCCGACUCGGACGCUUCGAGAAUCGUUUGCCUGUUCUGAAUGUCCCGCAACGUUCAAAAGCGUAGCCGAUCUCAGGCGACAUAGGCAGAUUCACAAAGCCAGUGUUCAUCGGAGUGAAGUCGACAAGGAGAAACCUUUCCCGUGCUCGAAAUGCUCGGCAAGUUUCCCUCAGCGAUUGCACCUCGUCAACCAUAUGCGGACUCACACCGGCGAGAAACCAUUCGUCUGUCAUGAAUGCGGCGCGAGUUUUGCGCGGAAAUUCACGCUUUCAGUUCAUGCUCGGAUCCACACCGGGGAAAGACCGUACCUCUGUCCUGAAUGUCCGGCGACAUUCGCACAGAAUGCUAAUUUCCGAGCUCACGUGCGCGCACACGCAGGUGAAAAACCGUUUCCGUGCGAUGAUUGUGGGAAAACAUUCAGCCGACCAAGCCAGCUCGCUUCCCACCGACUUAUCCACACAGGAGAGAAACCGUUCGCCUGCAAAGAGUGUCCUGCUAAAUUUCGCACUCUCUCCCAGAUCACUGUGCAUUCUCGAACCCACACGGGUGAGAAACCGUAUGUCUGUGAUGAGUGCGGUAAAAGCUUCGUCAGUACCUCCGACCUCGGCAAACACAAACGCAUACACACAGGAGAGCGACCCUACGCUUGCACCGAGUGCUCCGCAACCUUCGUCACAAAACCUUCUCUCACUGACCACAUGCGCAUCCACACCGGUGAAAAACCGUAUUCGUGCGCGAAGUGCAAGAAAACAUUUGCUCAUAACAGUACAUUGAGAUGUCAUCUACGGACUCACCAGGCGAAGAGGAGACCGACGCGUCAAACACGAACGACAGAAUAA